CUUCUCUCUGCAGGUCUCCUGGUGGGGACCCUGGACGUUGUCCUGGACUCCAGUGCGCGGGUCGCUCCGUACCGGAUCCUGCUGCAGACGGCCGACUCGCAAGUCUUUUGGAGCGUGGCUUGCGGAUCGUCCAGGAAGGAGAUCACGGAGCACUGGGACUGGCUGGAGUCUAACCUGCUCCAGACCGUCUCCAUCUUCGACAACGACGAGGACGUCACCACCUUCGUCAAAGGGAAGAUCUUGGGCAUCAUCGCUGAGGAGAAGCGUCUGCAGCAGGGCGAGGAGCCCGAGGAGGACUGUGGGAAGUUCCGGGAGGCGGAGCUGAAGAUGCGGCGUCUGUUCCUGAUGCCUGAAGAAGAGAAACUGGUCAACUAUUACUCCUGCAGCUUCUGGAAGGGACGCGUCCCGCGGCAGGGCUGGCUCUACCUGUCCAUCAACCACCUGUGCUUUUAUUCCUUCCUGCUGGGCAAGGAAGUGACCCUGGUGGUGCAGUGGAGUGAGGUGACCCGUCUGGAGAAGAACGCCACGCUGGUUUUCCCGGAGAGCGUGCGUGUGAGCACGCGUCACAGCGAGCACUUCUUCUCCAUGUUCAUCAACAUCAACGACACGUUCCGCCUGAUGGAGCAGCUCGCCAACAUCGCCAUGCGCCAGCUGCUCGACAACGAGGCGUUCGCCGCCGACCGCUCGCUGCCCAAAGCCUGCAAGACGCUGAGGAACGUGUCCACGCUCAAGAGGGACCUGGACGCGCGGGCGAAGAACGAGCGGUACCGGGCGAUGUUCCGGCUGACGCAGGACGAGCGUCUGGACGGACACACGGACUGCACGCUGUGGACGCCGUUCGCCAAGAUGCACGUGGUCGGCCAGCUGUUCAUCUCCAACAAUUACGUCUGCUUCAGCAGCCGCGAGGAGGACCUGUGUCAGCUGAUCAUCCCCCUCAGAGAGGUGCCCAUAGAUAAAGAACGGGUUGGCCCGCUCGGACACCCACAGCGGCCCGGCCAGCAGCACCUCCUCCGGGUGGAUCCACAUCCCUGCCCGCUCCCUGCGCACCCUUCACCGGGGAACCUCCGGGAGAUGAGAGCCUUCCCUGUCCGCUCCCUGCGCACCCUCCGCCGGCAGAAAGGAGCCUUCGCAACGGGAGACGAGUGCCUUCACACCGGGAGAGGGGACCGUUGUUACCGGGUGGCUCCGUCUAAUUCAGGCAAAAACACCGAGCUGAUGUUGUUGUUUUUAAGUCCCACAGAUCCAGACCCAGAUCCAGAUCAAGACCCAGAACCAGAUCCAGACCCAGACCAGUCUGAAGAUUAA